AGUUGUCAAUGCCGCCUGCUUUGAUACAUGCUGAAGUCUAAAGUACGUAGUCUUUGAAAUGAGAAGGGUAGAAGAGAUGGUGGCCAGUAUGGGAUUAACCUACAAGCCAUUGCUGUCUAUGUUAUUGCUUUGCAUAGUUAUGGGUAAGUCACAGGGUAUAUUAAUGUCUCAUCAUUUGCAAUUUAGGGAUUACUGGCCUGAUUUGUAUGUUUACAAUUGAACUUCGCCAACUAAUAUGGACAUAUGGUCAAAUGGUCAGACCAUAGAGCUAAUUUUACGGGACUUUGAUACAGUAUGCCAAUCUCUAAUGGUUUUAGGAAAGCUAUAGCAUAGGUAUUUGACCGCCAGACAGGUUUUGUUUUACAAAUAAAAUCAUCACGAGACAAAUGUACACAAUGCAAUAUUAGUUGGAAAAAAAACUCUUUGACUUGUUUUCAGUCAAGAAUAAAGACGCGACGUCUCUUCAAUAUAUGUUUUAUUCAUUGGCUGGUAUAUAAAUAUGCAUAAUCUAGGUUAUACCAUCUAUGUCUGUUGCUAAAAUACCCAGUUACCUUCUGGGGUGAGUUUGACCUUGAUAUGUCAUGUUGCAGUUUUGCAACAUUUGUCAACGAAUGACAAAGGCUAAAUAUGCGCGCGCUAUUAAAAUGACUUCAACCGCGCCAUAAAUAACCAUUCUGUAAGUAAGUGUCUCGAUGAUUUGUAAAUCUACCGUCUACGUGCACGCAGUAGUGUUCAUUUGACUUGACGAUAGCUCGCCAUUCCGGGAUUGUGUUGAUCUUUUUGUUGCAUGCCUAGUCCUGUGCGUGGAAAUGAAAACAAAGCUGAGGUGAACUUUGGCGUGCCUUGAAAAUGCGCAAGCAAUUGUAGUCCUUUAUAUAAAAGCCUGAAACAGAAACUUAGGCUUAUGACCUUUCACACUGAAUUGGAAUUUCUCAAAUUUUUGAUACCCUAGUGUUAUUUUUCCAAUCAAAAUUACAUGAAACAUGCAAACAUAUGUAGACGGAUUAAAGAAUAAAUCUAUGUUCUCAAAUGCGAGCUCAAAUGCUCUACAGCAUUCACAGAGAGGGGAUUCACACUUUACUGGUGUUCUGUAGUCAUAGUCAUAGUCAUAGUCAAGGACUAUGUUUUGGCAUGUUUACAGACUGCAUGACCAGACUGCAUAAGGUUACAACAGCAUUGAAACUUAAUACUUUGAAUCUGUUACAAUUAAAGUUCACAUAUGCAUCUGAAUGUGAGAUGUAACAAUUUUCACAUUCUCUGUAUGUUUUAAUAACAGGCAACGGGGUUUUUAUGACGCUUUCGUUUUCGUUUUAAGUGAAAACAACUGCGCAGUAAACACAGAUACUGCAACUGCAUACGACUAUGUUAUCUUUAAGUUUUCAUUCGACUUGCCAACUUUGGUUAGUAUAGCUAGUAUAUUUUACAAUAUCAAAAGUGCGUUCCAACUCAAAAGCUUUAUAAUUCAAAUAUUAAACACAUGGACAUAAUUAUCGGCGAAUUAGUAGCUGAUCAGGAAGUUUAGCAUUAAUAAACAUCUUUCCAAACUCCAAAGUCCAUACUUGUGACCAAAACAUGCUCUUGGUCAGAUUUCAAAUAAAAAAAUCUGUUUUCGUUUUUGAUCGUAACGAUCAAAGCGACGUUUUCAUCGAAUAUUACCCCUCAAUUUUAAUAUCAGAUUUCGAGUUUUAUUUAUCUAGGAAACUAUACUAGGACAACUUUAAUUCACGAAUUGGAAUAAUUCGGGAGAAAAUAAAAGGAAUUUUCUUAACGAACGAAACAGUUCUACACAUCUACGUUGGUAAACACAUCACGCCACGUUUAAUUAAAACGUGCCAUUCGAGAUUUAUUUUUCGCAUCAAGAUGUUGACACGAGGUCAAGAGAACUGCAGCUAAUUGCGCGCGGGUUGUUUACCGAGUGGUCGUUUUGCAAAUAGCAAGAAAUUACGAAACGUUUGCACAUUCUUUGUUGCUUAAGUGUUGGACUUAAUCUUAUACAAUGUACAGCAAAAUUCUCGCGACUCUCUAAGUAUCACGACGUGCCGACAUGCGCAGUUGAGAUGAAACGUACAUCAAGACAAAACUCAUACUGGGCGACAUUGCUCAGUAGUGCACCGCACUGAGAAAAACAACAUAUCUAGAAAUUGCAAUAUAUAGAAACUAUAUCAAAGUUUCUGUGAUCACAGUAGGAAUUUUGCAUAGAUAAGUUCUAUAAGUUUUGAAGGAUUUGUAAGAAACUAUGCUUGAGGGAACCGUGUUAAAACAGCGAGUCACGGAGUCAGCUCCCUCAAAGAUUUCUUACACAUGUUUCAAAACUUAUAAUUUACCGAUGCAAAAUUCCUACUGUGAUCACAGAAACUUUGAUAGUCAAUAAACAAGCCUUUAGUAGUCUUCGACUCCUUUUUAGAAAACAUGGUACUCUGCAACAGAAAUUGUCUCGUGCAGUGAUAUGACCUUUAGGUGUCAUACGAUUAUUAUAUGAUUUGAAAUUUGGACCUUAAAAAAGGAGGCGGCUAAUCAUGUUCCAUUUUCAGCAUGGGUGCCAUGUGCCCAUGUGAACAAAACAUAAUCAUCACGUGAACAAAAAGCGAUCGUGAAUGUAUAACAAAUGGGAUGUAUGCCGCUUCAGGCAAAAACCGCAAAAUGUCCCCUGUACAUAGGGAAUAUUUAGUGAGACUUUCAAAUUUCCUGAAACAAAAAAAUCUUACCUUCAAACGUUCAAUGAUGCUGGACAAGCUUAUGAAGUCCAAAAUUUUUUAUUUUUCCUAAAAUAAUGUUAAUAGAGUAUUAAUUCUCUGCAAAAUUACCAGCCUGUAAUGUCACAGACCUUACAAUUUGGGAUUCAAAUGUCGCUUGAAUAAAGAUGGCACAACGCGUGUAUAUAAGCACCAAGUUUUGGUAAAUUCCUCUCGCAAUUUUGCAUCGAAAUUGAGUGGUUAAAACAUUUUACAAAACUGGAAGUUCAGAGGAAUUAUUGCAACGGAGAGAUGUUGUUUCGCUCAGCUUCUGAAAGUUGUACAUUCAGUAUUGGACUAGGUAUUUUUUCACCGCGCUGUUUUUAGGGUUUGUAAUCCAAGUGAGUAUAUAUACACUUUAAGACCUGACCAGGAACGACUGCGAAAAAUGCAGCACAAGGUCCUCUGGUAUGAAUUGAACCUACGGCCCUGCGAUUCCAGUGCAGUGCUAGUCUAACCAACUGAGCUACAGAGGCUAGCUGUUGAGCUAUAACCGUAUUGGUUCAUGUAUAUUAUAUAGGUGAUCGGGUGUGCGGGUUGUGAUAAGGUGGACUUCAUUGAUCUGGUUUCUGCACUUCACUCGGUAAAAUUAGAGUGCUGUUUUUAGGGUUUGUAAUCCAAGUGCCGGUAUAUAUAUAUAUAUAUACUUUAAGACUUGACCAGGAACGACUGCGAAAAAUGCAGCACAAGGUCCUCUGGUAUGAAUUGAACCUACGGCCCUGCGAUUCCAGUGCAGUGCUAGUCUAACCAACUGAGCUACAGAGGCUAGCUGUUGAGCUAUAACCGUAUUGGUUCAUGUAUAUUAUAUAGGUGAUCGGGUGUGCGGGUUGUGAUAAGGUGGACUUCAUUGAUCUGGUUUCUGCACUUCACUCGGUAAAAUUAGAGUGCUGUUUUUAGGGUUUGUAAUCCAAGUGCCGGUAUAUAUAUAUAUAUACUUUAAGACUUGACCAGGAACGACUGCGAAAAAUGCAGCACAAGGUCCUCUGGUAGGAAUUGAACCUAGACAACCUACGGUCCUGCGAUUCCGGUGCAAGCCGUAUAGGUUCAAUUCCUAUCACGGAGGACCUUGUGCUGCAUUUUUCGCAGUCGUUCCUGGUCAGGUCUUAAAGUGUAUAUAUACUCACUUGGAUUACAAACCCUAAAAACAGCAUUCAAUUAUUACCGAGUGAAGUGCAAAAACCAGAUCAUUGAAGUUUUUCACGCAGCUAUGGAAAGCGGUAUAUAUACUGCCGUAAACGUGGCUUCAUUCCUUAAUCUCGUAAAUCUGUAAUGAGGAUAUUUUGAAGAAAAAUGGUUUGCCACUAUUUUGACCGUCCAGGUAUUUUUGUAACCUGUGUCACAGACGUUACAAGUGGUAAACGUAAGGUACUAAUGAGAAUAAUUUCAAUACUCUGACAAUAGCUUUACAUGCAAUGGACCUUUCCCCUUAUAACUAAAAUUUUGAUCUAGACAAAAAUCUCAUCACAGCUUGAAGAGCAUCAUGACAAAAUUAGUAAUAUUCCAAAGUUUCGUUGCGAAAUGUUGUAAAAUGCGGAUAAUAUAGCCUUGCGAAGUUUGCCGUUUUUCCGUCAUUUUGUAUUACGAAAUUGACAGCCCAAUCGGGUGUUGGGGCAUCAAAAAAUUGCAUGAAAUUUCGCAGGGCUCUAUUAUCCGCAUUUUACAACAUUUCGCAACGAAACUUCGGAAUAUUACUAUUUUUGUGAUGCUCUUUCAAGCUGUGAUGAAAUUUUUGUCUAGACUUGUCUAGAUCAAAAUUUUAGUUAUAAGGGGAAAGGUCUCUUCAAUGCGAUUUCGAGCGGCGUCGUCACCGACUCGUCAAUUUGGCUAUUUUCGAUCGCAAUGAUACAAGAAAGGUAUCAUUUGACAGCUAAAAGCCUGAUCUUUAUUGGUAUGAAAUAUGCCAGUUAUGAGGAACCAAAUUUUGUUGACUUCCUUGUAUGGAGUCCACGCACUUUAUAGUAGUGAGAAGUUAAUCGAAAAUCUCUUGACAGAUUCUAAAUUUCCUGUUUCACUGAGUAUUAGCCUCCCAUGCAUAAAGCAUAAUAUAUACUUCCCGGUUUAUCUCUGAUUACAAUUUGUGAAUUUCAAAUCUUGCAUACCUAAUUUUCAUUUUUACACUUUCUAGGUUUACAAGAAACCCAAGUGGCUACGUAAGUGAAACUAAAAUAUUAACAAUCAUGAUUUUAUACGCUCUUUGAAUCAUGGCUGUAGAUCUUAUUUUUGCGAAGGUAGCCAAUAUUUGAGUGAUAUGGGGUCUACAGACACCAAGCGAACCACCGCGGUCAAACGUAUAUGGCGGGAAAAAUGUCUACCGGAAUAGUAUAGAAGAACACGAGUUUCCUACGACUUGACAUAAAACACUAUCCAAGGCUGCAGUUAUACUGAGUUGAAACUCUCGUAAUUUUGAUGCCUGUGACGUCACUCUGAGUGUAUAUCCGGUAUAUCCACACCGGGCAGGCUUGAAAAAUAUGCCUGGCCACGGUGGGAAUCGAACCUACGACCUUUGAAAUACUAGCCCAAUGCCUGCCCGGUGUGGAUACACACUCAGAAUAACGUCACAAGCAUCAUGUUCACCUGAGUACACAACACCAACACAGAAAAGAAAAUCUCGUAAUUUUCUUUACACUUUUUGCCAGAGCUUCGUAUAAAGACAAAAAAAUACUAUAUAGUCUUUCGAUUCGAGUACAAGUCAGUGGUACAAGUAGUCGAUACGCAGAAGUUUCACCGCGCGGUCAGCGGUGUUAACACUAUAAAGUUCAUGAAAUGCGUUGAGUUACCCGUUCAGUUGGACUCAUGUGAACACGCCCUUAAUAUUAAAAUUAUCCAUGUUUAGAUUAUUUGUCUUUAUAAAGUAAAUAAUACUUCCUUAAAUAAUAUUUCCUUGGCUAUUUCAGGAUGCAUUCGCCCACUGGUGUGUGUCAACAUUACAAUGGCAUCUGCAGCUCACGUUUGAACUCCACAGAACAUCGUCAUAUUAAUUCAUCGCUGGGUAUGAACGAAACAGAGCGCGUUGCAGUGCGAUUACUAAAAGCUGUCGAAUCGAUUUACGAGAAAAAAAAAGAUAACUCGUGUAAAGAGACCUUAAAAAAAACUGCGUGCUUUUUCGUAUUUCCUUUUUGUUCAGCGCAAGACACGAAGUUAGAGUACUGUCGUGAAGAUUGCAACCAUCUUUUUGAAAUCUGCGGUGAUGGGUUGAACCAGGUAAGUUUCGUUAAAGGUUACACAUGGAUUCGCAGGGUGGUAAACCGCGAUACUUCGGUGGAGCGGUUUCCUCCCACAGGGAAAGUUGACAGGGUGCAUGCCAGGGUGGGUUUAGGAUGGAAAGUAUAUAAUAUCACAAUUGUUGUAAAGAUAAAAUAGUCUAGAAUAAGUAUGUAAUUAGGUAAGCGUAUGUAAAACGCACAUUUUUAGCGGUAUUAAAAGGUGACCUGAUUGCAAAAUAGACCUUUCCCCUUCCCAGAGGGAAAAAUGACUUUUAUCCAACGUUGAAUCAACGUUUGAAAUGACCUUCCAGACGUUGGAUAGACGUUGAAAAAGGGUUGACUAUGCAAACUGGAUCGACGUUACUGAUUCGACGUUGAAACAACGUUGAAAUUAGGUUGCCAAUCUCGUCAACCAUAAUUCAACGUUGAAUCCACGUUAAAACAACGUUGAGAUUAGUUCACAAAUCGACGUCGUACAUUUAAUCAUGAAUGAACGUUAAUUCAACGUCUGUUGACUGCUGUUGAACCAAUGUUUGUAAAACAACGUCAGAGCAACGUAGAUAUUAGGUUGUCAACGUCGCAACCUUUUUUUCUACCAAAUUUCAACGUUGAAACAACGUCGUGUGCCCGGUGGGUUAUGAGUGAAAUUUUGAUCUAGAUAUGCUUGGACAAAAAUUUCAUCACAGCUUGAAAGAGCAUCACAAAAUUAGUAAUAUUCCGAAGUUUCGUUGCGAAAUGUUGUAAAAUGCGGAUAAUAUAGGCUUGCGAAGUUUGCCGUUUUUCAGUCAUUUUGUAUUACAAAUGGGAAAUUGAUAAUCAGUUUGAUCAUCUGAUUAUCAAUUUCCAGUGCGUAAUACAAAAUGACUGAAAAUUGCAAAUUUUGCAGGGCUGUAGGCCCUGUUACACGAUGCAAUUUUUCAUGCAACUUGUCUCGCAAUGUUAAAAAAAGAUUUUGAUAAUGCAUUGCAAGAGGUGUUACACGCUGCAAUGAUAUUUAUGCAACUCACAACGAUACGGGACAGAGGCAUGCGAAGAGAAUAGGGAGAGGCGCUAUUUGGCGCCAAAUUUUAAUCAGUAAAGUAAAGCGUGUACUGGGGAGAGCCAAUAGGAACUCUCCUAGCAUUAAUUAAACAUUGCGAGACAAGUUGCACGAAGCCAUGUUACACGCUGCAAUGCUAAAAAUAAUUAGUGCAAUCGUUGCCAAAAGUAGAACCGACUUCUACUCUCUGCAAUGCUUCAUGCAACUUGUUUCGCAAAGAUUUUGACCAUUGCAAAGCAUGUUAAGCGGUGCAAUGACUCGUGCAACUUGUCUCGCAACGCCAUUGCGAGACAAGUUGCAUGAAAAAUUGCACCGUGUAACAGGGCCUUAUAUAUUAUCCGCAUUUUACAACAUUUCGCAACGAAACUUCGGAAUAUUACUAAUUGCGUGAUGCUCUUUCAAGCUGUGAUGAAAUUUUUGUCCAGACUUGUCUAGAUCAAAAUUUCACUCAAAAAGAGAAAGGUCUAUUGCCGCUUAUUGUUUCGCUUGAACGGAAUGGUCAGAACUGGAAAAUAACUUCUUUUACAGAAAUUUGAUAUAAUUUUUGAUGAUUUUUUCAGAUGAUACAGUAAAAAAAGAAUUAAUCUGAUACAGACUGUGUUUAACUUGAGCUUUCAAUGCGGGUCAAUUGUAUCAAUUCAUUUCAGUCCUUGAGUAGUAUAUGGUCAAGAGCUCGACAUUCCAAAUAUGACAAAAUAUUAUUUCCACUUAAAUAGUGAAUAAAGUUUCAAUAUUCAGACAAUAGCCUUACAUGCAAUUCUCAACGGGUGGGAAAAUGCGGUUUUUGCGCGGCAUUUUUAAAUCGCAUCGUAUUUGGCUAUUUUUGAUCGCAAUGAUACAAGAAAGGUAUCAUUCGACAACUAAAAGCCUGAUCUUUAUUGGCAUGAAACAUGCCCGGUUAUGAGGAACCAAAUUUUGUUGACUUCCUUGUAUGGACACACAUUAUAGUUAAGAAGUUAAUCGAAAAUCUCUCGACAGAUUCUAAAUUUCCAGUUUGACAGUAUUAUAGCCUCCCAUAAAUAAAGCAUAAUAUAUACUUCAUUAACAACUCAGUCAACUCGGUUUGGCAUGCAGUAUAUGCCAUACAGGAAGAAACCCAAAACUUUGGCAGAGCAUAAACAAUGCUAGCUAACUGAAGUAUAGUUGGAGACUAAUUGAUUCAGUAAGACUAUUCUUUCUCGGUAAAUUAAGCAAUCUUACCAAAGAGGAACAGAAACUGCUGGUCAACCUACGCACAGUUAAUCAGGUUAAAUAUUUAACACUAUGCGGAAACAGUAGGACGGGACUUCUCAAAUAUUGCUACAAGCCUACAGAAUUAAAUUUUCAUUUCCUCAUUGUAAAGAUAUAUCCUUUACUGACUAUAUAGCCUUUAUAUUUGUCCUUUCUCUUAGAUUGUAGGAGCUGGCAAAUUGAUACUCGAUGGCCAGCUAUCUAGAGAUGUGUUUGGUUUUGACGAAUGCAAUGAUUUGAAAAGUGCGGCAGAUACGUCGGGGAAUACUACAUGUAAACAUCUGCCGUUUUUAGGUAAGAGUCUUAACAGGAAUAACAGCAUUAGUAAAUACGAAGUACUUUUGUGAAGCAAUAGUCAGUCUAGGUUCAUAUAUAUAUAUAUAUAUAUAUAUAUAUAUAUAUAUAUAUAUAUAUAUAUAUAUAUAUAUAUAUAUAUAUAUAUAUAUAUAUAUAUAUAUAUAUAUAUAUAUAUAUAUAUAUAUAUAUGACCACAUUCACAGUACAGGACACAAAUGCUGGCCAUGAAAGAGCUCUUAGCUAGAUAUAAAAUAUUCAAAAUAUUUCAAACUGAGAAGUGAAUAUAAAUCUUGAACGAUCUGUGGCAGGUAGGUCGGUGCCAAUAAUGCUUUGGAUUGAUAAGGAUUUACUAGAUAGCUAACCCGACGAAAGGCCUUCGCUCGAAUUCUCGAAACGUCGAAAUUGUCUUUGUAUCGCUAUCAUUCCGAAGUUUCCAAAAAGAAAGUAGUGAAUGUUUAAUCCGCCAUUGCGCAAAUCACAUAGAGAUUUCAUAAAUUUUAGCUUCGAUUUUCACGGCUAAAACGAACCGUAUCGCCCGAAAAUAUAUAGCAUGGCGCGACGGCGACGGCCAAAACAAACUCCUUCAAAUAAAUGGUAGUAAAGAUAGUUCGUCGUGUAUGUCAAUCGUAUGAAUUUAAUACCGACAGUUUUAGAAGUUGAAGACAUGGGUUUUAUGGUUGGGAAGAGUUCUGCUAAACCCAGUUUGAAGUUGCACUUGUUGUGGCUUGGAAUGCAGCCGUUGUAUCAAGACGUGAAAAUCUGUGAUUUAGCGUUGUAAACAGAGCGAGGACAAUGUCUAAAUUAUUCAUAUAUUUCAUAUAUUAUAAUUACUCAUUUCUUUUCAAUGAUCUAUUGUAUUGGUAGCAAGAUAUCUAUGAUUGGUAGCCGUUGCCGUCCUAAAAUCGUAAGGUCUCUAUUAAUUGCUGCUCAUAACUCCAUCCAGUGAUAUCAGUACUUGGUCAAGGCGGGGUCACACCACAACCUACAGGGACGUCGCUACUGAGGGUGGGCGGAGGAUACCACCUCCCUCCCAAUAAUUCUUAUGUUGAAAAAGUUGAUCAAAAUGGAAAAUAGUUGGUCAAAAUAGUUGGACACUUUUUUCCCGUAAAGUAGUACUCAAAAACGCUAAGGAAAAGCGCGCGAACUUUUCACAUUGUAAAAAACCACCUCACAAGCAUUCAGAUUUUGAUUUUUCCAUCACGAAUUUGAUGGAGUCAGACAUUUGUAAAGUUGGUCAAAAUAUCAAGACCCCUCCCCCCCCCCCUGAAGGUUAAUGAGUUCGCGACGUCCCUGCCAAAUUACGACCGAGGUCGAUGAGCACACCUUCCCCUCCUCCCCUCCCUCCCAGAUCGGGCUGAAUCCAUGUGUGGCUAAAAUAGCCAUUCUUUUUCCAGACAUACCUCGAAAGAUGGGUGAAUCUGAAGGGUUAUCCAAAGACGUGAUCAUCAUUAUUGCUGUUGUCGUUCCUCUCGCUGUGUUUCUGCUCAUUCUCUGUGGCCUCCACCAUCGUCGUAUGUCUAAGAAGGCCAGCUUACAUUCGAUUCAUUACGAAAACGAGAAAGGCGAUAAGGCAGUAAGUAAAGACAGAUUAUCGAAUGUCGUAUCUAUGAGAGAUCGUAUCCAAGAGUGGAAGGUGGCUCCUUCAGAAUUGACCGAGCUUGUUGACAUUUGUAAGUCGAGAGGAGUGCUGGAUAUUCCUGUGGACAAUAUUGGUAAGGUGUACUAUAUUCGAAAUAUCAUUUUGAAAACUUUCGUCGUUUCUUGUUUUUAUCAAACUUUGAAUUUCAAGAUGGACCUUUUAUUCGAAGUCCGUUUCGCCCAAAGAUCAUUUUACCAUGAUUCAGAUUCAGUCACUGACUGUCUAAACAUUGUUUCGUAG